AAAUCCAAAAUCUCCACCUACGACAAGAUGUGGGCCUUCAUGAGCAGCAGGAGGCAGUCAGUGCUUGUCAAAAGUAAUGAAGAAGGUAUCCAGCGAGUACUUACCUCUGAUUAUGCAUUUCUAAUGGAGUCGACAACCAUUGAGUUUGUCACACAGCGGAACUGUAACCUAACACAGAUUGGAGGCCUGAUAGACUCAAAAGGUUAUGGUGUUGGAACUCCCAUGGGUUCUCCAUAUAGAGACAAGAUCACUAUAGCAAUUCUUCAGCUGCAAGAAGAGGGCAAGCUCCACAUGAUGAAGGAGAAAUGGUGGAGAGGCAAUGGUUGCCCAGAGGAGGAAAGCAAAGAAGCCAGUGCUUUGGGGGUUCAAAACAUUGGAGGAAUCUUCAUCGUGUUGGCAGCUGGAUUGGUGCUUUCUGUCUUUGUGGCAGUAGGGGAGUUUUUGUACAAAUCAAAAAAAAAUGCCCAGUUGGAAAAGAGGUCCUUCUGUAGUGCCAUGGUAGAGGAGCUAAGGAUGUCUCUGAAGUGUCAGCGUCGAUUAAAACACAAGCCACAGGCCCCCGUCAUUGUGAAAACAGAAGAAGUUAUCAACAUGCACACGUUUAACGACAGAAGGUUGCCAGGUAAAGAAACCAUGGCGUAGAGCUGGGAAGCCAAAUACCCCAAGCACAAACUGUCGUCUUUUUUCCGAACAACUUUGCGAGAAUGUUUCCUGUGGAAAUAUGCAACCUGUGCAAAAUAAAAUGAGUUACCUCAUGCCGCUGUGUCUAUGAACUAGAGACUCUGUGAUCUCAGCAGUUGCAAUGGCCAGACUCGAAUCACAAGCAUCACGGAUCAACUUACGCGGGGUUACACUGUUCGCCAUGGGUUCCACCAUUCUGGAUGAAUGAACGUUAUAUGUGAGUUUUGUGGCUGGUUUCAAAUGCAGUCUCAGUGAGAAAUUACAGGUUCCUUUUGAAGUUCAAUAGUUACCUGGAGACGAACAGUAAGUGUCCAGGACGGUACUAACCACAGAAGGAGUCUAUCAAAAGUAAUGUCUCAGGACUGGAGUGAAACGAGAAACAGUACGUUCUUCUGAACUUGCAAGCAUAGAAGAGAUGGUAACUGCUGGCCCAUAUCUACAGACUGUAACUGCCAGCUGGACAGGCAAUAUCAGCUUACUGAACGGGAGAAAUGUUCAGAUGAAGAAAAUGUGAAUCCCAUGAAUGGAAGGUUAAAUAUGGGGAUGCUCACUUGCUUUUUGGACUGUCUGUGUCACUGAACUAAGUAAAUAAAUAAUAAAAAAAGGAACUUAAAUUUACCUGGGCUGGAACUCUUAUCUAAAAAACAAAAAAAAAAUCGUAAUUUUGACCUAAUUUUUAGAUGAAUAAAAGUUUCCUGAGUACCAAGAAACGUAUCUUACAACCCUUAGGUGUAUGCAAUUACCUUUUUUUUCCUUUAAUUGUGACAAAAGGGAGGGGGGUAGGAAGCAGUCUAUUUGGCACAAAGGGCUUGCAUUUUAGCCUGAAUGGGUUUUGAAACCCUUGUUCCUGCUACUAAUUGAACUCAAUGGAGCCUGUGCAAUUCUCACUAAUAUUGGAAGUGGGAUGGGUCACCUAAAAGAAGUGAAUGUGGAGAACUUUGGAGGACUGCAUUUUUCAAUACAGUCACAGUACUAAAUGAACAAAAUUCUUGAGCAGUUUUUUUUUUCAAAAAAAAAAUGUUCAGGUUUAUUUGUGGAAAUGCAAGAUUUCUAUGAAAAUAGUUUUUGUAUGGAAAUUUUUGUAAUACUUUUUAUCAACAAAAUAAGAACAUGUGUUUCUGUCGGGGGUGUAAUGCUAAGCAUGAAUGGUAGUGCGUGUGCACCACCAACGUUUGGUGAAAACUAUUUUUAUCAAGAAAAAGGAAUCUUAGAAGAGACAUAUUUUCAAGUUAGAUAAUAUGAAAACUAGGUGCACUACCACCACUGCUUACCAUGGUACACCCCUGGUUUCCAGUAGGCUGAUAACAUGCUGUCAUGAACAAUUGUGUAUAAAUGGUAAAAGACACAGACCUCUUGACCACAUUGUGAUAACAGUUGAAGUGCACUCAGUUUGCUGUUUGAAUCCAAUGCACAAAAUUAAAAAAAAAAAAAAAGCAUUAAAAUAAUGUCAGUUUUAGCUGUUUUGUUUUGCUGUGUGAUUUGAGCAAUACAUGUACAGUACAGUACUCUGUGUUGGUACUGGUACUUAUAAAAGCCUCAGUUUAGUGCCUCAUCCUGCUGAUUCUUGCCACUAAACAUGCAGCCAGAAAAUUUGCUGGGAUUUCUGAGAGAAGCCAGUACAGCACGUUGUGAUAAGUUUUUGCAGGAUCUGGCUUUUCAUUGCUAACAAGCUAUUUUGUAUGUCCUGCUUGUAGUGAGUUCCUGGACAUAGCUUUUUGAAAUACUGCCCUACAGAUGUUGAAUCUCACACCUCUGUCUAGUGUAAAUUUAUUUAUAUCCCAACAAAAAAUGUGUAGGAUAGACUACGUAGGAAUGUUAUGUCAGUCACAAAAGCUUAUAACGAUUGUCUUUAUGAGGAAAAUAUUUCAUUUGGCUAGUUAAAAAAAAAAUUUAAAAUUAUCAUAAAUAACCAGUCAUUGGUGAAUAAUGAGACCAUUUGUUUACUGGGGCAUAAUUUAAUCUUAUAAUCACCCAAACUGUAGAAAAUAUAUAAUGAAAUUUGGGUGGAGGGGUGAGGGGAGGUUUGUGUCUACUACCCAGUUCUCAUAAAUCUUCAUAGACACUGAGCUGGCCAUUUUCAUUGUGAAUAGGGACUGAGAAAGCAAAAUCCCUGAUGUUUGUGAGAGUUUCAUCCCCAUUUAUGUGAUAACAAAUACCAGGUUAUCUUUGUAUGAAGUAAAAAAAAAAAUAAAAACACCUUCAGCAAAGAUUCUGAAAAUAAGUAUAUUUACGUAAUGCAUAUUUAAGUUUAAGUUAAUUCUCUAAAAUACAAAGGAGGAAAAAGUAAUUGUUUUACAACGUAAUAAAAACUCCUAAUUAUGCUGGUUUGGAAUGGAAAAAAAUUGGCUAUUGCAUUUGAUUGAUGAUUUACAAUAAAAUUUGUAAAAUUAUGAAAUAAAAUGCUGUAUUAUAUUCAAACUAACCUUUCUUUUCUCCAUUAAGGGUGUUGAAAUAAGUAGGAGUUCCUUUCUCCACUUGAUGCACAUGAUUAAUUUUUAUUAAACUUUAUGUGAGCCACAGUAAGUAUGGAUGUGGAAAAUGUCCAAAAUAUUUCAUUGGGUCUGAACAAGACCCAAUGGAGGAACAAGAGUAACAAGAGGAACAAGGAUCCUAAGGAACAAGAGGAACAAGAAUCCUAAUGCAGAAAGCAGUGUAGCUUUAUUAGAAUUUCAGUGAGAAUUUCAACCUUCCAUUAAGCGAAAUAUGCAAAGUAACUGGCGAUUUGUAUUUAAAAUCAAGACUAGAAAUGCAUGGCUCAGCAGAUUCGUAAUGGCUUUUGUUUGGUAUAUAUAAUAAUUCAUGAUGUUACUUUAUUGUGCAUUAAUAGUUAUUUUUCACAGAAAAUUAACGCAUUAAAGAAAAAUUACCAAUACACAGCUGAACCCCAAAGUAGUAGAAAAUAAUGCUAUUACUUUUCACCCUCAAAAGCUCAAUGGUUCAUUUUCACUUCAAUAUUAUGAAAAAAGUCCUGUUCUGAAGAAAAUUUCCUCAUUUUGAAAGGCUGCUGAGUGACUAGCACCAAACCCUCAUGUAGUAUAAAUUGCUGUAGCAUCAUCAAAGUCAAUAGAACUGCACUGCCUUACAUCAAGUGAGUAUCUGGCCCAUGAAGAUGCAGAAUCAGUCUAUACGUAACUGCUUUAUGUGGUUUCAUGUAAUAGCUCAAUUAGUCCAUUGAUUUGCAAGGACAGGAUGAUGGCUGUUUCUCUGACUGAUGGCUGCUUCUCUGACUGACCUUAAAUGUCACUCCAGAGAAGAUUUUUAAAGGAAUUAUAGCUCAGUUUUAUGGUGCUACCUGGUGGAUGAAAAUGGGAGUUAAAAAAUGGAAGAGACUUUUUUUUUUUAAUGUAUCUGUUUCAAGGAAGAUUGAGGUCUAUAGUCUUUAAUGAGUCUCAAGAAACAGAAUUUAGAUAUUCAGGUUGCCUCAGCAUCAUUAUAUAGCAAUAGACAACUACGUGGAUAUACAGAAGAGAUGACAAAAACUUUAGCUUUUUGAUUAAUGUCAUUUGUGAAGGACUGGUAAUGAAAAUUGUCAGCAGAAGUCAACAGACGUGGCGUUUUACAGUGAAUGAGGAUAUGGUCCAUUAUAGACAACUGCAGGCAGUUUCCAUAGUAUUAUCCCGUUAGAUAAAUACAAGACCAAACAAACCAGGGAGUAUCUGGCAAUUUUUGUGUGAGAGAAUAUUUUCUGAAAUGUGUAGCUCAAUUUUUAAUUAAAGAACUCUAUAUAGGUUUGAAAAACUUAUUUCUUUAGUGUUUAAAUUAUUUGAAGUUCUGUGAAAUAGUCCUUCCAUCAAGACUUCAAACAAACAAACAAACAAACAAAUAACAAACAUUAUUCAGCCCCAUAACACUAAUUAGUUAAUAAGUCAAAAUGGAAAAGAUAUUAUUUAUGAAGAAGCAAACCACCCAAACCCAAAGCCUUGAACUAAAUUAGGAAAAAAAUGCUGUGAUAGUCUACAAAAUCAAGAUAUUACCAAGAAAAAAGGGUCAUGAGCAGAGAUAUUAACAUACAAAGAGGUAAAGAUAAUUCUAUCAAAUUGCUUUUGUAUUAUUAUAAUACUAAGAAAGUUAGAAAAAUGUUUCAAAGUUCUUUAAUAGAGCUUAGUCUCCAAAUACACUAGAGUCUCCAAAUACGCUAUCAAUUACUCAGUACAGUGAGCAAAAUAUUGGCCCCUUUGAAAGCAGUGUCAAAACUCCUGUUUCAAAGGAGUCAAGACUUUGCCGAGUGCAUUCCCAAAUGCUAUACUCAGCUAAAUGUGUACUGAUAUAAAUAUUAAAGGCAAAAUAUGAUACCAGCCUGCCUUCAGGUGUUCAAUAGCAGUUGUGUUUUUUGUCCUAUUUUCAAAGGUGUAUAGGAAGAAAAAGGGUCACUGUGGUUGACUAGUCUGACAUCCAAGACAGCAUCAUUGCUUUCCAGCCUCAAAUUUGUUGGUGUCUUAUCACUCCCAGGCUUGCUUCUCUGCCUUCUUACAAGCACUUUUUACACUUUUUAAUUUAUUUUCAGUGUCUUUUUCUUCAGGCUUUCCUAUCAAAUGUACUUCUAAUUAAAAUUAAAGUUACUAAAGCACCUCAUCUCCCAAGUUUGUAUCCACGAGACAAACACACUAGCUUUUAAUGUGACUGUAAUCUGAUUGUCCUUCUCUUCAUUUAUUACCCCUUCUGUCCCCUGCCUGUGUUACCUCCUCCUGUUGUUCUUGUAUUUUCCUAGACUGUAAGCUCUUAGGGGGCAGGGAAUCUGUGUUUGAUUUGUUAUAUGAAGCACCAUGAACUAUGGAGCUAUACAACUAAUAAAAAAGUAGACCUUCUUAAAUUAUGCUUGCAGUGAUACUGAUCUAAUUGACUGCCAGUCUAGUAAUAUAUUGUUUUAACUCAUUGCCUGGAAUCCUAAUCACUAUGGCAUCAGAAUAAACAGAAAAUAAAAAUAGUAAAGCCAACCCAAAGGAGCUAUCGUACUGGCUCAUCUUACUGGAAAUUUCUCUGGAGGGUCAGGGUAUAGAAAUACAGAACACCAUGUUCAGAUAGCUUCUAUACAGGUUUCAAUAAGAAACCUGCUACAUUAAAAAUGGGACAUAUAAAUUAAUACAUAAAAAGAAGGGUUGUAUGUAGGAAGAGUUUUGCAGAAAGCUCAUCCAAAUUCAAAGCCAGAUAAAAUCUUGAAUUGUUUUACUCUUGUAAAAAUUUUGAGUGAGCAAUUUAUUAAAUUGAACACCAAACACCUUGCCUUUGUUCAUUGCCUUACUUUAUGAAUUAUUUUAUAAUCAUUAUUAGAAAUUUUUUAAUGAGAUAUGACUGUAAUUAGAACUAAAAUACUUCCUCUCUCUCAUUCAUAGCCAGCAACUCUUUCUGUGACGGAAGAAAUGAUACAGUUGUGGGAAUUUGAGAAGAAUGCUUGAUGUAGA